CAUUUCACAAUACGCGUGUCCCAGCGGUGUAGGACACCAUGCUCACACUAGUCUCCCCUCAAAGUUACACAAACCCCUAAUCGCCCACGCUCGCACUCUCACUUUCCGGCGCACCGCCCGUGGAUCUACAAAUUUCUCCGGCCGCCUUUUUUUUCCGUAUUUAAGAGAUUUACCACAAAUUAGGUCGAUCCCUUGCCUUCCUUUGCUUGCGUGAUCGAAGAAAAUGGUGGUUGGGAGGUGGACGGAAUGUAGGGGCGAUCUGUUGGCGGAGGGCGCGAAAUCCGUGCGGCUGCGGCUGAGGGAUCGUUUCAGGGUGGCCGCGGUGGACUACCGCCGCUCCCGGUGUAUGAGUUUCUCCGGCAGCGGCUACUUCUCCUCCACGGUCCAGCGCUGGCUCGAUCGGUUCUCUGAAUUUCGCCACGGUUCUCUGCCGUCCGCUUCAACGUUUUACCGCAAAAGAGUGAGUAAGGAUAUUGAUGCAGAAGACGAUUCAGUCUUGACCCGUAUGCUCCAGGCUGUUGCUGUUCCUGUGAUUGGUAAUGUUUGCCAUGUUUUUAUGCACGGGCUCAACCGCAUUCAGAUUUUUGGUGCAGAGAAAUUGGAACACGCGCUGCUGCACAGGCCAGAGAACAAGCCUCUCCUUACUGUAUGCAUCAUUCCCGGUCCAUUUUUUAUGAAUGCUCGAGCUUGUAUUGUGAAAACUGAAAAGGUUAGCAAUCAUGUCGCAGCUAUGGAUGACCCUUUGGUUAUUGCUUCCCUUCUCCCUCGUAGUAUGCUGUUAGAUGCCAAUGGUUUGAGAUGGACCCUCUGCGCAUCUGAUCGAUGCUUUAAAAAUCCAGUUACGUCCGCAUUCUUCAAGUACGUGAAAGUGCUGCCAGUUUCUCGUGGAGAAGGGAUAUAUCAAAAGGGAAUGGACUUGGCUAUUUCCAAACUGAACCGCGGUGGCUGGGUCCACAUAUUUCCUGAAGGCAGCCGUUCUCGAGAUGGUGGGAAAACUAUGGGAGCUGCCAAGAGAGGCAUCGGAAGGGCCAGGUAUAACAACAAACUUAUAGAUGGUGAUACUGGAUUUCCUUUAUCCACCAUCGGCUUCAUAGGAAUAAACGUAUUUGCUUUCUUCUUUCUUAGGUUGGUCCUGGAUGCUGACAAUGUACCCAUAGUUGUUCCUUUUGUGCAUACCGGGAUGCAAGAGGUCAUGCCCGUUGGAGCCAAGUUUCCUAGGGUUGGCAAAACGGUAACUAUACUUGUUGGUGACCCCAUUGGUUUUGACGACCUAAUCAAUGAACAGCCUCAGAAAAACAUAUCAAGAGGAAAACUUUACGACGCUGUCUCGGCUAGAAUUGGCGACCGCCUCCAAAAGCUGAAGCUGCAAGUUGAAGUUUUAGCCCUUGAGCAAGCACAAUUAUUGCAAAAAUACCCUCCAUCACGUCUCACUGAACGAGCAGCUCAUCUUUUGCAAAGCAUUGACUGGGAGUCACUUGGGAUGGGUAGCUACAUAAGCAUGAAUGAGAACUCGUCUAGGCAAGAUAUAUUACGCGAACGGGAAGUUUCUCAACUCUAUCCUCAAGAAAGCAGGUGCGUGGACCAAUGCUCAAGAGUUGGCUUUUCUAGUCAAGGUGGGUUGGUAUCAAGGGUAAGAGGCUAUAUGGACUCAACUGAACCAAUGGUUUUUUCGGCAAGAGGUUUAUUCACGAAUCAUAGAACAAAUGCGUAUUUUUUUAGUCUGCAAAGAGUUAGUCCUUUGAAGGUGUGGAAUAAAUUAUGGAAGUCUAUGUCUGAAGGUGACCACUUCCUUCUCGACUCACUUCUGACUGAGGCAUGAAAUGAAUUGUUCAGUUUUUUGCCUCAGAGAAUGUAGGGAAGUUUUGCUUAUAUUGUGUUCUUUGUUAGAUAUGCUGUUUGCCUUUAUUAGCAGCUUUCCCCCUUCUUGGUUAUCCAACAUGAUUGAAGGGUGUGAGAAAUUAUUAGAAUUUGUGAUUGAGGUGAGUAGAAAAUGUUUGUUUUGGUCAAUACUAUGGCGUGCCGUUUCUUUUGUUUUUCCUGUCAUGCGAAAACACAUACUUGUGGAAAGGAAUGAUUUUUCACUGUCCGAUUAUGAUGGACGAGUUUCAAAUACGCUUGGCUAGAAGCUUUUGUGGCAUUGUGAACGAGCGCUGAGAAGAAAGAGGGUUGUGGCUAUUAGACGUGUUACUCAAGUCGAGCCUAGUAACUCGUGUUUGAGCUCAUGUUCAUUUAAUAUACAAGCAGGCUUGGCUAAUUUUGUCUCGAUCGUAAAAU